GCAGUGUUUCUGUGUGCUCUUGGACUGUCCUUGGCGCAGACUUCUUCAGCCUCGGCGACGAACUAUCCUGCUGAGUUACACGAGAUGGCGCAACAGAGACUAAUCAAAGGGCAGCCCGGCUCCUGGUCGGCGUGGUCAGAAUGGUCGGCCUGUACGCGAACUUGCGGCGGAGGCAUCACUACGCAGACCCGGGAGUGUCGAUACAAACCCAUGGGAAGGCACCGGCGAAGAACGCAUUCUAUCAUCACACAACACCAUUGUAUAGGCCUGUACAAGAGGAUACAUAUAUGCAACACGAAGGAAUGCCCGGGAACCACGGACUUCCGACAGGAACAGUGUUCGCGGUACAGCGGCAAAGAGUUCCUGGGCCGAGCGUACGACUGGGAGCCUUUCAUGGACGCGCCGAAUCAGUGCGCGUUGAACUGCCGAGCUCGCGGGUUCCGGUUUUAUGCUACUCUGAACGCUACUGUUGAGGAUGGCACGCCUUGUCGAGGGUACAUCAUCGGACAUGACACUGACCGCUGGAUCUGCGUGGCAGGACAGUGCAAGCACGUUGGAUGUGAUGGGGUGGUCGGCUCAGACCAGAGGUACGACAGUUGUGGAGUCUGUGGGGGAAACAACUCCACCUGUCGUGUUGUCUCAGGACUGUUCACCAGACCCCAACUUCCUGUAGGGUACAACCUCAUCACCCAGAUCCCCAGUGCAGCUUGCAACCUCUCCAUCACGGAACUCAAGCAGAGCAGAAACUAUUUGGCUCUCAGGAAGACCGAUGGCACAUUCAUCCUGAAUGGCAACUGGGCCAUCAACUGGUCCGGGGAAUUCGAAGCCCUUGGUACGAAGUUCUCUUACCAUCGAGAAGACGACAACACAGCAGAAUCUAUCUCCUCCCCUGGUCCCUUGGCUGAACCUUUGGAUUUGAUGGUGAUCUAUCAACAGCCCAACCCUGGUAUCAAGUACCAGUACCAAUUACCAGUGAUGUCAUCUCCAUCUCAGCAACCAGCUCCAGGAGUGUAUCGAGCCAAGGAUCUCUCUUCUCUACUCAGGCAAGCAGACUCACCCUCUCCACCAGAAGAAAGAGCACAAAGAGAUAAAGCAGCUGAGCCCAGGCACAGUGGAAAAGCUUUCCCCUAUGGAAACAGUGUUUUUGGUUCAGAUCUCCAAGGGUACUCAGGGGACGAGGCACCCAAGCCGAAACCGAAAGGGGGGAAAGGGAAGAAACGGAAAUUCUCCUGGAAAAUCACUGGAUUUACGGAGUGUUCGAAGUCCUGUGGUGGAGGUAUCCAGACAGCUGUUGUAGUAUGUAUAAGAGAUAAAACGCAACUGAGAGUUCCCGAGAAGAGGUGUGCUUCCUUGGAGAAACCUUCGCCACAAGCAAUGCGAUGUAAUCUCAAGCCCUGCGUGGCCGAGUGGGUGGGAGGUGAGUGGGGAGAGUGUUCCGUGACUUGUGGUGAUGGAAUGCAGAUCCGAGAGAUUCUGUGUCGUCAAGAAAUCACCCCCACUCUCACUAUGACUGUGGCCGAGGGUGCUUGUCUCACCCCACCCUCCCCACUUCUGCAGCGGACUCGAGCAUGUCAGCGUCCGCCUUGCCCCGUUGUGGGUGGAAAACCGAGCCAGUGGACAGUUGGAGCUUGGAGUCAGUGCUCGGCCAAAUGUGGUCAAGGAGUGCAGACAAGAAGUGUCCUCUGUCCCUUCCGGUGAUUGCAACAUCAACGAACGACCAGUGACCGAGACACCCUGCAACAUGCCUCCCUGUCAGACUCAGAGUCACCGGCACCUCCACACCUGGCUGUACACCGAAUGGUCCCAAGAGUGCUCGGAGAGUUGUGGAACAGGAGUGCAGAAGCGGAGGGUUGUGUGUUCAGCAGGCCCUAAGAUGGAAGGGUUCUGCGACAUCAGCAUGCGGCCAGACCAGCAGAGAUCCUGCUCCAGCGACAAACACUGCGGGGC